UGUUGUCAGUCCUAUCACGACUUUCGCAUAAACGACACGCAUGUUAUCGGGAAAAAGACGCCGCGUGUGUUUGAUGCAAAAGGCAAAGGAAAAAAGUUAAUGCAUGCAUAUUUAUCCGCUGUGUGUAUUGCAAAAGCAAUUUCAAUUUUUUGCUACCUAAAUCCAAACUACUUACAAAAGGUAGUGUGAUAACGCAAGAUAAUGCAAUAGAAAAUUUAGAGUUCCAUUCUCUCAGCAAAACGUGACAAAUGCACAACAAAUAAAGAAAAUAUUAUUCAAUUCAAAUUGAUUGCCGUCGGUCUCGCUCUCUUUUCUGUGUGUGUCGUUGUCCGUCGUCUGUGUGUUGAAAUCAAUGUGUGUGUGCGUUAAUAAACCACAAAUAACAACAACAAAUUCGUGAGAUUUUACUGCAUUUUAGUCGUCGUCGCAGUCGCAGUACGCGUCGCGUUUUAGUUAGCUUCGAAUUUUAUUUGUACAAUUUCGUAUAUUGUUGUUGUGUUGCUUGUCUGUCUUUCGAGCCGCGCCGUUUGUCGCUGCCGUCGUCGUCGUCGCCGCCACCGACGCUACUGCACACACACAUACACACACUCGCAAACACAAGCAUACACGCACGCACUCAUACAUACAAAUGCGGAAGAGUCGCCGCAGUUAUUGAAAUCAGCUCCCCACCAACAACAAUAAGCCGCUGCUUCUCAAUAAUUGUGCAUUUCUAUAAGUCGCAGCAGCAACAAACGCAACAACUGCAAGAAAAUCUCGCAAGCAAAAUUAAUUAAAAUAAGUGCAUAAAAUCGGAAAACGGAAAUCGCAACGAAUACUAGAAAUUCCAGAAAUAUUCGUAUUUUAAAUGUGUUAAACUGCAAGAAAAUCAAAACAACAAAAUUAAAAAAUUCAAAUGGGCAACUAUUGAAUGGCGGCCAUUAGUGGCCCCAAGCGGCAUCCAUUGAGCAAUCAACACCAUUUCUCCCAUCCAAACAUCAGCACUACCAUCUCCACCAAUACCAAGAUCAAAACCAAUAUCAACAACACCACCACCACCAACAACAACAACAGCAACAACAACAAUUGCAACACCACCACAACUAGCACUAACAAUAGCAACAGCAACAAUAAGCAGCAAAGGCCUUUUAGCUAUCAAACGCAAGCUAAUCCCCUCCAGCACAACAACAACAACAACAGCAACAACUCCUCCAAUUGCAACAACAGCUGCCCAAAUUCUUCAGCUGCUGCGCCGCGUAGCUCAAUGAGCGUAUCGAUGUCACUGGUACAGGGUGGUGCUGCCGGUGGUGCGCCACAGGGCGCUAGCGCAAUAUUGGCCGCUGCGGCUCCAUAUUAUCAGCCGCCAGCUGUGCCCCAGGAUGUGCAACCGGAUCGUCCAAUUGGCUACGGUGCCUUCGGAGUUGUAUGGGCUGUCACAGAUCCACGCGAUGGUCGCCGCGUCGCACUCAAAAAGCUGCCAAAUGUGUUCCAAUCUUUGGUCUCAUCCAAGCGCGUUUUCCGUGAGCUCAAAAUGCUCUGCUUUUUCAAGCAUGAAAAUGUGCUGUCAGCUUUGGACAUUUUACAGCCACCACACUUGGACUUCUUUCAAGAAAUCUAUGUGAUAACGGAGCUGCUGCAGUCGGAUUUGCACAAGAUCAUCGUGUCGCCACAACAUCUAUCCGCCGAUCACAUCAAGGUCUUUCUCUAUCAGAUACUCCGUGGCCUCAAGUAUCUGCACUCGGCUCGGAUUCUCCAUCGCGAUAUUAAGCCUGGCAAUCUGCUCGUCAACUCCAAUUGUGUCCUCAAGAUAUGCGAUUUUGGCCUAGCACGUGUUGAGGAGCCCGAUCAGGCCAAGAGCAUGACCCAAGAGGUGGUCACACAAUACUAUCGCGCACCUGAGAUUCUCAUGGGCGCCAGUCAUUAUUCGUCCGCCGUGGAUGUGUGGUCGGUGGGCUGCAUCUUUGGCGAGCUGUUGGGCAGACGCAUCUUGUUCCAGGCACAGAAUCCGGUGCAGCAGUUGGAGCUCAUCACCGAGCUGCUGGGCACACCGACCAUGGAGGAUAUGCGCCAUGCGUGCGAGGGAGCACGCAGACACAUGUUGAGGCGGGCGCCCAAGCCGCCGUCGUUCUCGGUGCUCUACACGCUCAGCUCGCAUGCCACACACGAGGCUGUUCACUUGCUCUGCCAGAUGCUUGUCUUCGAUCCGGAUAAGCGCAUUUCGGUGACGGAUGCCUUGGCGCAUCCGUAUCUGGAUGAGGGUCGACUGCGCUAUCAUUCGUGCAUGUGCAAAUGCUGCUUCACUACCUCGGCUGGCAUGCGUCAGUAUACGGCGGACUUUGAGCCAUCGGCCGGACAGCCCUUUGAUGAUUUAUGGGAACGCAAGCUUCCCUCAGUGCAGCAGGUGAAGGAGGAAAUGCACAAAUUCAUUGCCGAGCAGCUGCAAACGGGACGAGUGCCACUGUGCAUCAAUCCGCAGAGUGCGGCAUUCAAGAGCUUUGCCAGUUCCACUGUGGCACAUCCCUCGGAGCUGCCCGUCGCCGCAUCAAUGGGAAUGACGGCAAAAUGAGGCGAUUGCUGCCUAAAAUAUGAAAAGCAACACAGCAACAUGAACAAUUUUUGAUUACAACAGCAACAACACACCUGGAAAAUUGAAAUAUUGGAAGUGCAACAGGAACUUCGCGCCAACUACCAAAACUCACUCAAAAACAAACUCAAAAAAAAAAAAUUCGAAAAACAAAAACACACAACUUUAGCCACUUAAGCGACGCAUUCUGUGAAUGGCAAAAAUGCUAUUCACAGAACAAGGAGAAGGAGUAAAAGCAGAAGAAGAAGCAGAAGUAGUAGCAGUCGAAGCAGCAGAUGAAAGGAAGAAACAACGGUUAAAUUGAGAGCGCCGAACAAAUUGUGUUUUUUGCGUGCGCAGUCAAUUUAAAAGUUAAAGCAUUCCACCACCGAAAUGAAUAAAUGAAACGAACUAAAAUGCAACAAAACAAACAAAAACAAACACAAAAUACACACACACAACGUAACGUAACUCAACUGAAACUAGUCUAAAAAUAUAUAAAAACGAAGGAAAAAGGAAAACGCAGCGGCAGAGACAACAAAUUCGAUGAUAAACUACAAAAAUUAAUGGAACAUAAACAACAACAAAAAAACAAACUACGCAUAUAAAUUGUGGAAGGCGUAUUACACAAAAAACAAAAAACUAUUUGGCAACAAAGCAGCUAAUUUGUUGUGCUUGACAAAAUUGGUAAAAACGGAAAAACACAAAAAAACAAACGAAGUAGAGGAUAGAGGAUAGAAAAGAAAAAGGAGAAGGAGAAGAGUUAAGAGCAACUAUUACUAAACAAUGAAAUUUUUGGUCUAAAUAAGCAAAUUACAAAAAUGUUUUAUGUUAAGCGCUUUAAAUCUAUGUAAAUUAAUUAGCAACUAGACUAAACAUCCCCCCAAAAACAAACAAACAAAACAUUUGCCACUCUCCACCAACCCC